AAGAUUUGUCGUUAUGAUUUAGCACUUUGCAAAUAAAAUAGUGCUAUAAAUUUGCGGUUUUUAUUAAAAGAGUAGAUUUUAUCAUCUAUAUCAAGAGUCGUGUGUAUUUAAAAGAAAAAUUUUCAUUUUCUAUUUGCUAUAAUGAAACCACAAACACAACCAUCAAGUGUAUUGCAUGAUUUACCACCUUCUUAUUUGUCUAUUGAUCAACAAAAUGCUGUACCAGAUCAGUCUAAUGUUCAUAUUCCUCUGGCUGCCGGAGGACCCCCAUUGCUUCCACCUUUAGUGAGAGGUCAACAAAUACAAAGUGGUCCUUAUACAAUAACAGUAACCAAUAGCAUGGUAUUAGAUAGAGAACGACAAAAUCAAGAAAUUUAUCGUUUUUGGCUAGCACAACAGAGACGGAAUCUAGGAGGAGCUCCAGAAGAUGAAUAUUUUGCAGAAUUUAAAAAUAAUAAUGUCCGACGACGAUUUAUUCGAAGGGUUUUCUUAGUUCUAUUUGCACAGCUCACAUUCACUGUGCUUUAUGUGGCAUUUUUUAUGUUUUACCCUCCAGCACAAGCGUUCAUUGAUAAAUAUUGGUAUUUGUGGGUCAUUGCAAUGACUCUUUUUAUAUGCUCAUAUUGCAGCAUUUCGAUCACAGAUUGUGGAAGAACUCAAUCAAGAUGGGGUGGAACAUGCCUAGUUCUUUUGACUUUAGCAGAAUCUCAUAUAGCUGCUUAUAUUUCGAUUCGUUUCGAAGUUGAAGUGGUUUUAAUUACCUUAGCAAUGACUGCGACUAUUAUACUGAUCAUUGCCUUUUCAGCAACUAUUUGUAAGUUCGACUUCACUAUGUGGACUGGACUAUUGAGUAUUAUAGGACUAGGAGUUAUGAUAACAUUAAUUAUUUUAGUAAUCGUAUUGAUUUACACCGAGAUCAGCAUCCUCAUGGUCAUCUUCGGAGCUUUAGGAGCUUUAAUUUUUUCUCUGUAUCUAUAUUUUGACAUUCAAACAAUUAUGGGUGGUCGAAAAAUUCAGUUAUCUCCAGAUGAAAUUAUUUUUGCAACAACUCAGCUUUAUGUCGAUAUUAUUGGACUUUAUAGAUAUCUACUCAUUGUUAUUGGAGGUUCUACAAGAACUUAAACUCUCAGUAAUGCUUAUGUUAUACAAUUCAUUGAUAAGCCCAUCUUAUCAUUGAUGGAUAUAAUAUGAUGAAAUAAGAAAA